UAAUCCAGAGACGUGGCUCUUCUGCAGAGACUGAGCAAGAUGGUGGAAUAGUCAGCAAUCAACACUCUUUCCCCAAGAGCAUCAUCCUUCUAAACAAGUACCCACACAAGAAAACACGGCCACAGGAGCUAAAGAAAUCAGGCCAGAGUCCACAAAGAAGAAAGAUUAGAGAAAACCUCGCUGAUUGGUCACUUACACCUCAGAGGCACACGUUGAGUUAGCAGCUAGCAUUAUAAAAGCUCUGGACUGCAAGCUCACAGGUGUCUCCCUAAGAAGAGAAGGCUGCCAUGGAGCCAGUCCUGGUCCUGGUGCUCACUGUCUCCUGUCUGCUUCUCCUCUCACUCUGGAGACAGAGCUCUGGGAGAGGGAAGCUCCCUCCUGGCCCCACUCCUCUCCCAUUUAUUGGAAACAUCCUGCAGAUAGAUGUGAAGGACAUCAGCAAAUCUUUAAACAAACUUUCAAAAGUCUAUGGCCCUGUGUUCACCCUGUACAUGGGCAUGAAGCCCUCUGUGGUGUUGCAUGGGUAUGAAGCCGUGAAGGAAGCUCUGAUAGACCAUGGGGAGGAGUUUGCUGGAAGAGGCAGUUUUCCAGUAUCUGAAAAAGUAAACAAAGGCCUUGGAAUCGUUUUCAGCAAUGGGAUGAAAUGGAAGGAGAUCCGGCGUUUCUCCAUCAUGACCCUGCGGAAUUUUGGCAUGGGGAAGAGGAGCAUUGAGGACCGUGUUCAAGAGGAAGCACGGUGCCUUGUGGAGGAACUGAGGAAAACCAAAGGCUCACCCUGUGAUCCCACCUUCAUCCUGGGCUGCGCUCCAUGCAAUGUCAUCUGCUCCAUUAUUUUCCAGAAUCGUUUUGAUUAUAAAGAUCGGGAAUUUCUUAACUUGAUGGAAAAAUUUAAUGAAAACUUCAGACUCUUGAGCACCCCAUGGAUACAGGAAAAGCACAAUCCGAAGUCUGAGUUUACCAUGGAAAGCUUGGUGGCCACUGUCACUGACAUGUUUGGAGCUGGAACAGAAACAACAAGUACCACUCUGAGGUAUGGACUCCUGCUGCUGCUGAAGCAUGUGGACAUCACAGCCAAAGUCCAGGAAGAGAUCGAACGUGUGGUUGGCAGGAACAGGAGCCCCUGCAUGCAGGACAGGAGCCACAUGCCCUACACAGAUGCUGUAGUGCAUGAGAUCCAGAGGUACAUUGACCUCAUCCCCAUGAACCUGCCUCAUGCAGUGACCUGUGACGUUAAAUUCAGAAACUACUUCAUUCCCAAGGGUACUACUGUAAUAACAUCACUGACAUCUAUGCUGCAUGAUGACAAAGAAUUUCCCAACCCAAAGAGGUUUGAUCCUGGACACUUUCUGGAUGAGAAUGGCAAGUUUAAGAAAAGUGUCUACUCUAUUCCUUUCUCAACAGGAAAACGAAUUUGUGUAGGAGAGGGCCUGGCCCGAAUGGAGCUAUUUUUAUUCCUGACCACCAUUUUACAGAACUUUAAUCUGAAGUCUCCAGUUGACCCAAAAGACCUUGACACCACUGCAGUUGCCAAUGGAUUUGUGUCUGUGCCACCCGAGUUCCAGAUCUGCUUCAUCCCAGUCUGAACGAACACCACCUGCUUCGUUCUGUAGUCUCCUCCUCCAGGACACAGUUGACCUCUUCUGUCAGGCGUGUCUCCCUGGCCUCCCAUCUCACAUUGACUCAUCUCCUCAAGAUCCAGGGAAUGCCUGUCUUCCAUUCUGGCUAACUUCUAGGGUCACCCCCAAACACAUCUGCAAUUCCUUAUGCUGUGCAAUGAUUUAUUGUCUUUAGCAUUGCUGACUCUUAUCUCAUGCCAAAUUAUUAAUAUAUAUUACUGUAAAGCUAAAACUGAAAAAAAAUGAUUAUAAUGUGAGGUGAAGUUCAGCAUCACCUAGCCCUUGUGUGUCUUAAAUAAAAGCAUUAUAAUUCUG